UUUCUUUCCUAUACCAGAGAUUUCUGUCCUUGGCAAAAAUCACAAAUUCCUUCCAUAAAAAUGGAUCGAUAUCUCUGUUUGUUUUUGUUCUUGUUUCUGACCUUGUUUGUGGAGAUGAGAGGGGGCCGAGAUGAGUGCAUGACAUCGAAUGGUUGUGGCGACCAGGGUCCACUCAUCCGGUUCCCUUUCCGUCUAAAACACCAGCCACACCACUGUGGAUAUCCGGGAUUUGAGUUAUCUUACACUGAGAAUAAUCAGACCAUGCUAGACCUGCCAGUUUCGGUAAAGCUCUUGGUGAAGAAAAUAGUUUACAAAUCCCGGGAAAUCAUUGUCCAGGACCCGGAUAAUUGCCUUGCGAGACAGCUUCGAAACCUCAAUUUAGCUGCCUCCCCCUUCCACUUCAAAUUUGAACGGGACUUCAUCUUGUUCAAUUGUUCCUCAGACAAAACAGAAUCAUCUCGUUUUCAGUCCAUCCCUUGCCUUUCUAUCCCUGGUAACCCAGUUUAUGCUGUUUAUUCCUACCUAUCUGUCCAAUAUACGGAUCUAUCCUCUUGCCGCAGGCUUUACAACGCUUCAGCUCCAGCUAAUGUAGGUCCUGAGGAUUUUAUGUUCAUUGAAAGUGCAUUUUCUUUGAAGUGGUCGAAAUCAAUAUGUGGAAGCUGCCCAGGAGGAGGAAAAAUAUGCAGACUGAAGAAGAGUAAUAGCACGGAACCAGAAACUGAAUGUAUUAAAGUUAAAGGCGUAUCGAAGAAAAUAAUUGUGACAGGUGCAAUCUUUGGUUUUUUUCUUCUCGUGUUAGUGAUUGUUAUGCUUUAUCGUGUCUAUAGCUCAGAUAAAGUAGAAAGAGAGAAUAGAGUAAAGGUUAAAAAGUUUCUAGAAGACUAUGAAGCUCUCAAGCCCUCAAGAUACUCCUAUGUUGAUGUUAAAAGGAUCACAAGUCAAUUCAAAGAUAAAUUAGGCCAAGGAGGAUAUGGAACUGUGUACAAAGGAAAGCUUUCAAAUGAAGUUUUUGUUGCAGUAAAAAUCCUUAACAAUUCUCAAGGAAAUGGGGAAGAGUUCAUUAAUGAAGUGGCAACAAUGGGUACAAUCCACCAUGUUAAUAUAGUUCGUUUAGUUGGAUUUUGUGCUGAUAGAUUUAAACGAGCUCUAAUUUAUGAGUACUUACCAAAUGAGUCAUUGGAGAAGUUCAUAUUUUCAAGAGUUGUCAAGAACUAUUCACUUAGUUGGAAGAAACUUCAAGAAAUUGCUAUAGGUAUAGCAAAAGGAAUUGAGUAUCUUCAUCAAGGUUGUGAUCAAAGAAUCCUUCAUUUUGAUAUCAAACCUCAUAAUAUUUUACUUGACCACAACUUUAAUCCAAAGAUUUCUGACUUUGGUUUAGCCAAAUUGUGCUCCAAGGAACAAAGUGCAGUCUCUAUGACAAUUGUAAGGGGAACAAUGGGUUAUAUCGCUUCAGAAGUGUUAUCUAGGAAUUUUGGGAAUGUAUCUUAUAAGUCAGAUGUUUAUAGUUUUGGAAUGUUAUUACUUGAAAUGGUUGGAGGAAGGAAGAACAUUGAUGUUAGUGUGGAGAGUACUAGCCAAGUAUACUUCCCAGAAUGGAUUUAUAAUCAUUUGGAUAUAGGGGAAGAAUUGCAUAUUCGAAUUGAAGAAGAAGGAGAUGUUGAAAUUGCAAAGAAAUUAGCAAUUGUGGGACUUUCAUGUAUUCAGUGGUGUCCAGUGGAUCGUCCUUCCAUGAAAAUUGUGGUUCAAAUGUUGGAAGGAGAAGGAGACAAGUUAACCAUGCCUCCUAACCCUUUUGCUUCAACAGUUCCAACAAACUUGAGCAAGCCAGGAAGAGUUUUUCAACAAGAGUUGGCAAUAAUUUCAGAACUAGAGUAAAAAUAAUUGUCUGUAUGUUCAACUUAUUAUGAAUGUAUAGUUUAAUAAAAAUUCAUAUUGUAGUUGUUCAUCAUCAUAGCAUCUUUAUUUAUAUUUCUGUUAAUUGAACAAAUGAUUGUAUAAAAUGAUUAUACCAGUGGCUCAAUUGAUGUUAGAUUCCAGAAGUUCUUAUUCCCAUGUAAUGUAUUUCUUGUGUAUUAAAUUUUAAUGAAUAUGUCCAAGAAUAUUCU